AUUUUCCCCCAGGAGGGGGAAGGUGGCGCCCGGCAGAGCGGAAGGGGGCGGUGCCUCCGCAUCCUCCUGCCGAGCGCCCUCGCUGCCGCCGCUGGCUGCUGAGCGAGGCGGAGGCUGUUUGAGGUAAGCAAGUGAGAACCAAACUGUCACAGGCCUUUAAUCACUGGCUGAAUGUUCCAGAAGAUAAAAUACAGGUGUUUGAGUGGCCCAGAGUUAGGUAUUCCCGGGAUGACUGCCAUGGUGCCGCCUGAUGCAGUGGGUCGGAGAGUCCUGUGUGGCACAUAUUAUGCGACCGUACGCUAUGUUGGCAGCGUUCCUCCUACAGCAGGAAUUUGGCUUGGUGUGGAAUGGGAUGAUCCUCAGAGAGGAAAGCAUGAUGGUACCUAUGAAGGAACACAAUAUUUUAAGUGCAGGCAUCCAAAAGGAGGAUCUUUUAUUCGGCCAAACAAGGCAAAUUUUGGAGUAGAUUUUCUUACUGCAGUAAGAGAUCGGUAUGGAUUCAAUAAUGAGCAAGAAGAUGUUCAACACGGGACAGAGGAUGUAACGGUAUCUGGAAAGACUGUGGAAUUUGUUGGCAUGGAUUCUCUUGCAAAACGACAAAGCAGACUGAACCAACUGGUAGAUAUCUCAGUGCGUGAGCGUGCAGUGAGCCAUGCUGGUCUGAAAGAGGAAAUCAGUGGAACAUGUGCUAAUAUCAGAUAUAUAAAUCUAUCAAAAAAUCUAAUCUCAUCUUGGGAGACAGUAACGGCUAUUGCUUCUCAAGUUCAGAAUCUGGAAACGCUUGAUAUCAGUGAAAACAAAAUGAGAUUUCCAUCUACGUCAACUUCUGUAUCCGGUGUAUUUUCAAAAUUGAGGAUUCUGGCACUUAAUAAAACUGAGAUAACGUGGACAGAGGUUCUUCUUUUUGCUCCUGCAUGGCCAGUGCUUGAAGAAUUGCACGUCGCUUCUAAUAAUAUCACAGUUUUGGAAAGGCCUGAUAAUGUCCUGCAGACCCUGAAAUUGUUAGACCUUUCAGGCAACCAGUUACUGGAUGGAAAUCAGCUGCAUCUAAUAGCACAUCUCCCCAGAUUAGAACAGCUAAUACUUAGCAACACUGGAAUAUCUUCUAUACACUUGCCUGAUGUUGGAUCUGGAUGCAAGACUAAAAUGUUUCCUUCACUAAAACACCUUGCAAUAGAUAACAAUAAAAUAUCACAGUGGUCAUCUAUCAAUGAGCUUGACAAACUGCCAAGUUUGCGGUCACUACAAUGUAAAAAUAACCCUGUAAUGGACACAGAGAGGAACCCAGAGACCCUGAGACAGCUAAUUAUUGCCAAGAUAAGUCAAUUGGAGGUUUUGAACAAGUGUGAGAUUCUUCCUGCUGAAAGGAGAGGAGCAGAGCUUGAUUAUCGCAAAAUUUUUGGAAAUGACUGGCUAGCAGCUGGUGGACAUUGGGACCCACAGAAAAACAAGCCAAGUGAAGAAUUUCUUGCUGCCCAUCCCAGAUACCCAUCACUUUGUCUUGAAUAUGGUGCACCUGAAGAAGGAGAACUGAAGGGACAACAGCCUUCGACUCUGAAAAGUCAACUUCUGAGUUUGACCAUUAAAUGUCCUGAGAAACCUGAACAGAAGCCAGUAGAGAAAAAGCUACCAGAGUCUAUGACUGUUCAGAGGGUCAAAGGAUUGCUGUAUCGCCUACUUAAAAUUCCUGGCUCAGAACUGAAACUGUCCUACGAAAGUUCUAAACUGGCAGGAAAAGAAGUUGAGCUAGACAAUGACUUAAAGCCUUUGCAGUUUUACUCAAUAGAAGAUGGAGACUGCAUGUUAGUACGGUGGUGAGAAGCAACUCUCUUGAUAGACGGACAGAAAAGCCAACACUGGAACUGCAGAACAGUGACAGACUGCCCGCAGACAAUAUGGACAGCCUGAGCACACGUAUGGGAGAACAUGGAUUUCAUACAUGGCACAGGGAGCUUCACAGUAAUCUUCUAGCUCCUAAACUUACUCGUCAGUCUCCCUGAAAGCCUUUGCUUUUGGCUGAAUGGUCAUACUUGAGAGAUACUAAAUAGUGCUUAAAUGCUUCAAUGAAAUAAAACUCAAGGGAACCCUUUUGCCAACAUUUUAUACUGCUUUCCCACUGCAGUGGUGAGAAUUCGUUUUACUGAACUGAGUACAUGAUUUAGCUGGGAUCUCUUUGCUCAUAAAAGGACAAAAUUAGUGCCUCACUCUAAGAAGCUACUUGCUCUUUUUGUUUUCACCUACUUCCAAAGACAUUAAAGCAAACCAAAGUAAAACAG